CGCGUAUGAUUGGUUUGGACGGUACCUUCAGCUUUCAGCAAAACAAACAGAAGUUUUCAUAGUUGACAAUUACACGUACAAGUAUAUUCUUCGAUACAAUACUUUCCAAUAUGUCAUACGGUAAACGUGGAGGUAGAUGGGGUAUGAAUUUCAUAUCUGGCUCGGGUCCCCAACAUAGUUUGUCAACGCAUUCUGUAUUCAAGGAUGAAAAAUCUGAUGUAAAUAGACAAUCUGACGAUUACAAAAAUACAAAGCCUUCAAACUUUAUUAGAACCGGAGGUGCAUCUGUCCCACCACCGCCAUCUCUUGGUUCUCGUAAUAGUAGAGGUUAUUCAGAUCCCAACGAAGUCCUAAUAAAUCACAGUGCAUUCGCCGGGACACAGGGAGGUUCAACACGGGCUUUUGCUAAUUUAGGUCGCAAAAGAGUAGCAGACGAGGAUGAUUACUUCUUAGAAGAUGAUGACACAAAUAAUUUAGAAUACCAGCCUGCUCCAGGAAGUCCAGCUGCUACCAAACGUCCAGAUCAAGCUGAUGUGCAGUCAGAUGAUUCGGAUGAUCCUCUAGAUCAGUUUAUGGCUGGCAUAAAUGAAGAGGUUAGAACACUUCAUUCUGGCGAGAAAUCUAUGAAUAAAGAGUCAAGUAGUAAGGCAAAGAAAAGUACCAAAGGUGAUGGAAAAGGUGUACGUGAUGAUAUUGAACAAGAAGAUGAAAUUGAAUCAUAUCUUAGAUUUAUGGAAGAAAAUCCACAUCUUGGAUUACUUGGUGAUGAUGAAGAAGAAGUAUAUGAAUAUGACGCUGAUGGAAAUAUUAUCGGUACAGAGAAAAAGACUAUUGAUCCAUUACCUCCAAUUGAUCAUUCCAUGAUAAAUUAUGCACCAUUCGCUAAAAAUUUCUAUGUUGAACAUGCAGAAAUAUCUAGUUUAGAUGAAGCUGGUGUAGAUUCACUUCGAGAUAAACUUGGUUUACGUGUUAGUGGACCUAGUCCAUUACGACCUGUUUGUUCAUUUGCUCAUCUUGGCUUAGAUGAACCAUUAAUGGAAGCAAUACGUAAAGCUGGUUAUAUACAACCGACACCAAUUCAAGCACAAGCUGUUCCAUUAAUUUUAGCUGGACGUGAUGUAAUUGGAAUUGGAAAAACUGGUAGCGGUAAAACUGCCGCUUUCUUAUGGCCACUUAUUAUUCAUAUUAUGGAUCAACCGGAAUUAAAACUGGGAGAUGGUCCUAUCGGUGUGAUAUGUGCACCGACAAGAGAAUUAGCAUUACAAAUCUAUAGUGAAGCUAAAAAAUUAGCUAAAGUAUAUAAUUUAACCGUUGUCUGUGCCUAUGGUGGUGGAAGUUUGUGGGAACAACAAAAAGCUUGUGAAGCUGGAUGUGAAAUUCUAGUUUGCACACCGGGUAGAUUAAUUGAUAUUGUAAAAAAGAAGUCAACUAAUUUACGUCGAGUUACAUAUCUUGUAUUUGAUGAAGCUGAUAAAAUGUUCAAUUUAGGAUUUGAACCUCAGGUUCGUUCAAUCGCCAAUCAUGUAAGACCUGAUCGACAAACUCUUCUCUUCAGUGCCACAUUUAAACGUCGACUUGAACGAUUGGCCAGAGAUAUUCUACUUGAUCCUGUUCGUAUUAUACAAGGUGAAUUAGGCGAGGCUAAUGAAGACAUAACUCAGCAUGUUGAGAUUUUCGAUAAAAUCGAACAGAAAUGGGAUUGGUUAACACGCAAUUUAGUCAGAUUAACCACUGAGGGAAGUGUACUUAUUUUUGUGACACGUAAAGUUCACAGUGAAGAGGUUGCACAAAAGUUGAAGUCACGUGAUUUAAAGGUUCUUCUCAUCCAUGGAGAUAUGCAUCAAUCCGACCGUAAUACUGUGAUACAAGCAUUCAAACGGCAAGAAGCUCCUAUCUUAGUGGCUACCGAUGUUGCAUCACGUGGUUUGGAUAUACCUAGUAUACAUAAUGUAAUCAAUUAUGAAGUUGCACGAGAUAUUGACACACAUACUCAUCGAAUUGGUAGAACUGGUCGUGCAGGGGCAAAAGGAACAGCUUAUACAUUAUUUGUUGCUGGAAAAGAUCCAGUUGAUUUCGCAGCGUGUUUAGUUCAACAUUUAGAAUCCGGUUCACAAACAGUUCCACAAAGACUUCUUGAUAUCGCUCUAAAGUGUACUUGGUUUGCAAAUAAUCGAUCUUCACUUAACAGUGGAAACGGCGGUUGUAUUAGACCAAGUGGUGGAUUUGAACCUCGACAACCUCGUGCCAGACCAGGAUUAGGUUUAUCAUCCGAUAGCAGUGAAUCAAAUUAUUGUCCACGUAGUGGUCCGGCAGCUGCAGCAGCGGCAGGUGAAGGAGCUGAAUUAAUUCGUCCAGGUGGUUUACAAGCAGAUCGAUUUUCUGCCAUGAAAGCAGCGUUUUCAGCUCAAUAUAAUCGAAGAUUUGUAUCGGCUGGUGUCGAAGCUAGUAGAUAUACACAUCCAGAAAUGUUGAAAUCAUCAAAUACAACUGAUAGACCUCAACUUGCAGACAGUUUUAUUGUUCAAAGUAAUAACCCAGAAGAAUCCCAGUGUCCGCAACAACUUCGAUCAUCUCCAGUUGCACCACAAAAUGUACAAACGGAUUCUAAGCAAAAACGUUCGAGAUGGGAUUAAAUGAUAUUUGUGUAAAGACGUUUUCCAAUUCUAAACGCAUUUUUUUCAUUGUUACUUCACAGCUUGUAACUUUCAUACAUACGUAUAUAUAUACACACACAACGCAAUAAAAGUUUUAAUCAUUUGAUCUAAUCGAUAAUUGGUUGUAAACAGGGGAAGGCUAUUAUUAAUUAGAAAUGCGUUAAACAAACCUAUCUACCGUAGAUUGGCUACAAUGCGCAUCUGUUAACCAGUUGGCUAUCGAUUAGAAACUCACGCC